CGCAUCUCCCCGCACGGGGGUCGGUGCCUGGGGAUCCCGUCCGCAUCCACUGCAACAUCACGGAGUCAUACCCUGCUGUGCCCCCGAUCUGGUCGGUGGAGUCUGAUGACCCAAACUUGGCUGCUGUCUUGGAGAGGCUGGUGGACAUAAAGAAGGGGAAUACUCUGCUAUUGCAGCAUCUGAAGAGGAUCAUCUCCGACCUGUGUAAACUCUAUAACCUCCCUCAGCAUCCAGAUGUGGAGAUGCUGGAUCAGCCCUUGCCCGCAGACCAGUGCACACAGGAAGACGUGUCUUCGGAAGAUGAAGAUGAGGAGAUGCCUGAGGACACAGAAGACCUAGAUCACUAUGAAAUGAAAGAGGAAGAGCCAGCGGAGGGCAAGAAGUCGGAAGAUGAUGGCAUCGGAAAAGAAAACUUGGCUAUCCUAGAGAAAAUUAAAAAGAACCAGAGGCAAGAUUACUUAAAUGGGGCAGUAUCUGGCUCGGUGCAGGCCACUGACCGGCUGAUGAAGGAGCUCAGGGAUAUAUACCGAUCACAGAGUUUCAAAGGUGGAAACUAUGCAGUCGAACUGGUGAAUGACAGUCUUUAUGAUUGGAAUGUCAAACUCCUCAAAGUUGACCAGGACAGCGCUUUGCACAACGAUCUCCAGAUCCUCAAAGAGAAAGAAGGUGCAGACUUCAUCCUACUCAACUUCUCCUUUAAAGAUAACUUUCCAUUUGACCCACCGUUUGUCAGGGUUGUGUCUCCAGUCCUUUCAGGAGGGUAUGUGCUGGGCGGAGGUGCCAUCUGCAUGGAACUUCUCACCAAGCAGGGCUGGAGCAGUGCCUACUCGAUAGAGUCCGUGAUCAUGCAGAUCAGUGCCACACUGGUGAAGGGGAAAGCACGAGUGCAGUUCGGAGCCAACAAAUCUCAAUACAGCCUGACAAGAGCACAGCAGUCCUACAAGUCCUUGGUGCAGAUCCACGAAAAAAACGGCUGGUACACACCCCCAAAGGAAGAUGGCUAACCCGGGAGCGCCGUCCCCCUCCUCCCUCCCCAGGCACCACUGGACCAAUUACCUUUGAAUGCUGUAUUUGGAUCUCACGCUGCCUCUGUGGUUCCCUCCCUCAUUUUUCCUGGACGUGAUAGCUCUGCCUAUUGCAGGACAAUGAUGGCUAUUCUAAACGCUAAGGAAAAAACCAACACCGAACUGUUUCAAGUACUCAAGACUGACUUACAGACCAACCAACCACCUGGCUGGAACCCUUGCUAGCAGGCAUUCUUAUAAAAGAAACUUUUGAGCCUCCUUAUAUUGCUGGAAACUCAGCUGUGCUCCAGACUAGAGCCUCCUUACCUAUGCUAUGGAUUUUUAAUUUAUUUUCUCUUAUUUCAUGUACACUGCUUUUUUUGGUUACAGUGUAUGAUGGAUGUGUAUGAAAAAAAUGUAUCUUUGGGAAAACAAUUACAGUUUGUUAAUUUGAAGA